CCUAACACUAAAAAUUGCAAACCUUUUCUUAACAAAAGAAAAAUAAAAUAAAAUAAAGGGUAAAAAGUGUGGACCUCCUUUAAAGCCACCAUGGGAUUUACUUUCGGUGAAUGAAUGAUGACAAGACUACAAUGUGGUCCUAAUUGUUCUUCCUAAUCCAAAUCUGUUUCAUGUUUUUGUCUGAAUUCCAGAAACUGGCUAAGCAAAGCAUCCUUCCUUUUGUUUCUCGCCAAUAACAUCCCACCAACUUGCCUACUGUUAACUCUCUCUGUCCACAAUAAUCACAAGAUUCUUCACGGUUCACAACCCCCUUGGCCUUUACAUAAAAAUCCCAGUAACAGCAGCCAGCCCAUCUUGUUCUUCGUCUUAAGUUAAAGGACUCCAAAGUCCAAGAACUUAUCAGACAAGAACUAAAGACAGAAAGGACAUAACGAAGAAUAAGUGUGGCAUAAAGGAGAAGUUUACUUUCAUCUCUUAAUGGCUCAAGAUACUUCUGCCGCUGAAUCACCUCGACGGCGUUCUGGUCUUCUGCGAGACCAGGUGCAGUUGGUUAAAAAAAAGGACUCUGAUCGCUAUGAGAUUGUUCCAAUUGAAGAUUCUUUGUCCUUCGAGAAAGGUUUUUUCAUCGUAAUUCGUGCAUGCCAAUUGUUGGCCCAAAAGAAUGAUGGAUUGAUUUUAGUUGGAGUAGCAGGGCCAUCUGGAGCUGGAAAGACUGUAUUCACCGAGAAGGUUCUUAACUUUAUGCCAAGCAUAGCUGUCAUAACAAUGGACAACUACAAUGAUGCUAGUCGUAUUAUUGAUGGCAACUUUGAUGACCCAAGGUUGACAGAUUACGACACACUGCUUGAAAAUAUACACGGUUUAAAAGCAGGAAAACCUGUUCAAGUUCCAAUAUAUGACUUCAAGUCUAGCUCUCGCACAGGAUACAGGACAGUUGAAGUUCCUAGCUCUCGCAUUGUGAUUAUUGAAGGAAUCUAUGCCUUAAGUGAAAAAUUGCGGCCUCUUCUUGAUCUUCGUGUAUCUGUCACUGGGGGGGUUCACUUUGACCUUGUCAAGCGAGUAUUACGAGACAUUCAACGUGCUGGCCAAGAGCCUGAAGAAAUUAUCCAUCAAAUUUCUGAAACGGUCUAUCCUAUGUAUAAGGCUUUUAUUGAGCCAGAUCUCCGAACAGCACAUAUUAAAAUCAUCAACAAGUUUAAUCCAUUCACUGGGUUUCAGAAUCCUACUUAUAUUUUAAAGUCUACAAGGUUGGUGACAGUGGAUCAAAUUAAGGAAGUUGUAUCUUAUGAACACAAAGAAACUAUGGAGGAAACCUAUGACAUUUAUCUUCUACCCCCUGGUGAAGAUCCUGAAGCAUGCCAAUCAUAUCUGAGGAUGAGGAACAGGGAUGGAAAAUACAAUCUCAUGUUUGAGGAAUGGGUUACAGAUAGUCCUUUCAUAAUAUCACCUAGAAUAACUUUUGAAGUUAGCGUGCGCCUUCUUGGAGGACUGAUGGCUUUGGGGUAUACAAUCGCAACCAUUCUGAAAAGAAGUAGCCAUGUCUUUUUUGAUGAUAAGGUGUGUGUGAAGAUUGAUUGGUUGGAGCAACUUAAUCGCAAAUAUGUUCAGGUGCAAGGUCGAGAUCGUCUAUUUGUUAAAUAUGUUGCUGAGCAACUGGGCUUGGAAGGUUCAUAUGUUCCCCGCACUUACAUUGAACAAAUCCAGCUGGAGAAGCUUGUAAAUGAUGUUAUGGCACUGCCGGAUGAUUUGAAGACAAAGCUUAGCAUUGAGGAUGACGUAGUGUUGAGUCCUAAAGAAGCCCUCUCUCGAGCCUCUGCUGAUCGGAGAAUGAAGUAUCUCAGCCGUAUCUCACAGUCAUAUACAAAUCAGCGGGACAAGAAUUUGCCAAAGCUGACAAGACUUGCUAUUAAUAGUAGAAGGUUUGAUGGAAGGGCACCAGAAGCAUCUUCCCCACUAGUGAAUCCGGGAGUUGUUACACAGCUCUCAGAGCAAAUUUCCACUCUGAAUGAAAGGAUGGAUGAGUUCACAUCUCGUAUUGAAGAGCUGAAUUCCAAGUUCACUACCAGGAAAGUUUCAGCUAGCCAACAAAACUUAGCUGUGCAGGCUGAAGCCUGCAAUGGUUCUGUACCUACUUCUCUUUUUGUGACUGGCUUGGGUAAUGGUUCAUUAACUGGAUCACUAAUGCCCCAUUCUUCAUCUUCUUCCCAGUUGUCUAGGGAGUCCCCGCUCAUGGAAGAGGUUGCACGAUCACAACGCCAGAUUAUGCAUCAAUUAGACAAUCUGAGCAAUCUGCUGCAUGAAUACCGGGGAGAAAGAUCUCGCCAAGAAAGAAUAGAUAGAACAAACAGAAUGGUUGAUGUUGAAAGCAUCAGUGUUCCUUUGAUUCUUACCCUAGCAAUUGGUGGUUUAGGUGUAAUUUUGUUCAGGAGUCUGGCAUCUCAAAAGUAAUUAGUAAUUACCACACUAAACGGCAAUUUUCAGAAUUACAAAGAACGUUUAUUACCCUUGUGCUUCAAGGGACUCUGGAGGGUACUAGUUAUUGUAACUAGGAAUGGCGAAAUUGUAAAUAAGGAAAGAAAAAGAAUGAAAUUCUGAAUUUAGUGCUAUAA